AUGAUUGCGAGGCGUUUCUCUUUCUGGGUUCUUUUCGUAUCAGUGAUCAGUUGUGUGUUGGUGUUGGGUAGCAGAAGGCAUGAUGGUGCAGAGCCGAAACUGCAACUUGACAUAUACACAUUGAGCUCAGGCAAAGAGCUGAAGCAAAGAGCUCAAGCAAAAGCUAAGCUCAGGCAGAGAGCUCGGGGCAAAGUAAUCGCACAAUCAACUACUAUGCGCAUGCUGCUAUACAUUACAACACAACACGGCAGUCAAAAACCCGAGCCCACGAACCCACGGGAAGCGAGACCAAGGCAGCGGGUAAAAGGGCUUUAA